AUGAGUCAACAUGUUCAAAAGCACCCUUUUCAUCUUGUAGAUCCUAGCCCGUGGCCUAUUUUCGCCUCUCUCGGUGCUUUAAGUACUACUGUUGGAAUGGUUAUGUAUAUGCACGGAUAUUUAGGAGGUGAACUCCUUGCUUCGUGUGGUUUUAGUAUGAUUAUAUAUUCUAUGUAUGUUUGGUGGCGUGAUGUUAUCCGUGAAGCUACGUUUCAAGGACAUCAUACACAGACCGUUCAACAUGGAUUACGUUAUGGUAUGAUUCUUUUUAUUGUAUCAGAAAUUAUGUUUUUUUUCGCCUUCUUUUGGGCAUUUUUUCAUUCUAGUUUAGCACCUACAAUUGAAAUUGGAGCUAUGUGGCCACCAAAAGGGAUUGAAGUGUUAAAUCCUUGGGAUAUUCCGUUUCUUAAUACAGUUAUUUUAUUAACUUCUGGAGCUUCUGUUACAUGGGCUCACCAUGCUAUUUUAGCUGGAGAGCGUAGUCAAGCAAUUUGGAGUUUAGCAGUUACAAUUGUGUUAGCAAUGGUUUUUACAGGUCUACAAGUAAUGGAAUAUAUUGAAGCACCUUUUACAAUUACCGAUGGAAUUUAUGGUUCAACUUUUUAUUUAGCUACAGGAUUUCAUGGGUUUCACGUAUUUGUAGGUACAGUUUUUUUACUCGUAUGUUUAGUACGUGUAUUCAAGAUGCAUUUUACAAAGCAACAUCACUUCGGGUUUGAAGCUGCUGCUUGGUACUGGCAUUUUGUAGAUGUUGUAUGGUUGUUUCUUUUUGUUGCUAUUUACUGGUGGGGUGGUAAUUAA